GUGACAGGGAUAUGGUUGCGACAGAAAAGCCAAAAGCCAGUGUUGCUGAUAUCAGAAAAUGGCUGGAAACUAAACCUCACUAUCCGCAGACUAUCCCAGACGAUCUUCUGCUGAUAUUUCUGCACAGCUGCUAUUACAUUGAGGCAAAAACUAUUCGAGCUAUCGAGGCUUACUUCCGGAUCAGAUCUAGCACACCUGAAUUCUUUAACAACCGAUGCAUCGUCAACUCUGAUAUGAUCACCAUAUCUGAGAACAUAAAGACAUUCGCCCUACCAGGGCGGACCAAGGAGGGUUACGUUGUGAUAUCCAGUAUGCUGAGCACAGACGACUACAGUCGGUUCAGCCUUGAAAACGCCGUGAAGCUCCUGUUCAUGGUCAUUGAUCUAUGUCUAAAAGAACAAACUCCGCCCAUUCCAGGAUUUUUGUUCACUUUCAAUAUGACCGACAUGUGUUUCGGACAUCUCACCAAGAUCAGUAUAUCCACCGUCAGAAAAUACUUCAAUUAUAUACAAGAAGCCAUGCCUGUCAGACUGAAGGGAAUCCAUAUUGUCCACGUCAAUUCAGUGAUGUCCCAUGUCAUGUCCCUGAUUAGACCAUUCACCUAUAAGGAACAUAUGAACCAGAUACACCUUUACCGGACUUCGGAGAUAGACAAGAUGUAUGAUCAUAUACCUCUGGAGAUGUUACCCAAAGACCAGGGUGGAAAUUCGCCAACAAGUGAAACGCUAUUCAAUGAAACACUGGAGAAAUUGAAAUCGCUGGAGCCCUAUUUUGACGAAGAUGAAGCAACUCUUCGCAUAGAUGAAUCAAAACGGGAACCAAGUGAAACAAACAAUGGUUUUAUGAAGAGCAUUUUUGGUAGAUGGGCUUCUUAGAGACUGCGUGUACACCAGAGUUGUCAACAGAAUGUUGUCAACAGAAUUUUAUCAUCAGAAUGUUGUCAACAAAAUUUAGUCAACAGAUUUUUGUUGACAGAAUGUAGUCAACAAAAUUUUGUCGACAGAAUGCAGUCAACAAAAUGUUGUCGACAAAAUGAAGUCAACAAAAUGUUGUCAACAGAUUUUUGUUAACAGAAUGUGAUCAACAAAAUGUUGUCCACAGAAAGUUUUCAACAGAUUUUCGUUGACAGGAUAUAGUCAACAAAAUUUUGCCGACGGAAUGCAGUAAACAGAUUUUUGUUGACAGAAUUUUGUCAACAAAAUGUUGCCAACAAAAUAUUGUCAACAGAAUGUAGUCAACAAAAUGUUGCCAACAGAAUGUCUUCAACAAAAUGUUGUCCACAGAGUGUUUUCAACAGAAUUUUGUCAACAAAAUGUUGUCAACCGAAUGUAGUCAACAAAAUGUUGUC